AUGUCCGGCUCCGCUGCUUUAGAAUACGGCUUUCCUUCGACGCACUCGACAAACGCCGUUUCUGUCGCCGUGUAUGGUCUCGUUCUGCUUAAUUCAGAAGACACAGCCAUGAGUCCCACCGUCAACUUGAUCCUCCAAGCCAUAACUUAUCUCUACGUCUUUUCCAUUGUGAUUGGUCGCUUGUACUGCGGAAUGCACGGAUUCUUCGACGUGAUUGUGGGCUCGUCGCUCGGCGCUCUCCUUGCUUUUGUCCAAUACACGUACGGCCCGAUUAUGGAGGAAUAUGCGCUCGCAGGUCGUAACAAAGAGGUUCUGGCUGUGGUGCUGAUCAUCCUGGUUCUCGUUCGCAUCCACCCCGAGCCUGCGGAUGACUGUCCCUGUUUCGACGAUAGUGUGGCUUUUGCGGGAGUACUGUUGGGUGCCCAAGUAGCAUACUGGCACCUUGCACUUACCCAGGCCGAGUUCGCGGUCGCCCCUAUCCCGUAUCGCAUCGAGAAUUUGGGAAUUAUCAAGACAACCCUGCGUCUAGUCAUCGGGGUGCUGUUGCUCUUUACAUGGAGAGCGAGUGCGAAACCUUUCCUUCUACGGAUUCUUCCUCCAGUAUUCCGCGGCUUGGAAAAGCUUGGUCUCAUUCUUCCUCGUCGAUUCUUCACUAAGGCUUCCGAGUACACCAAGGUUCCCGCGCACCUCAAGGAUCACGAAGUCCUCCCCAGCUUCUCCGAUAUCCCCUCGAUCCUGAAAAACAUCCGCCACCCCAGGCGACGCGCCAUAUCGGUCGGUCCGCAGUCCGAGGCCGACGCCUACGAAACGCUGGCAUAUCGUGAGAAGCGCAGACGGGAGAGUCUAUCCAACGGCAAAAUGGCGGCGCCCGUGCCCGAAGAGACGGAGGACGAUCACAGCACGUCCAGACUCGGCGCAACACCCCGACUUUCGCGCAAGCAAUCGAAACUGCACGAUUUCGAGAACAUGAUGGGCACGGGUAGCCCGCGCAUUGCGACCGGAGUCGACACUAACUCCCGCCUGUCGCCGGAGACGGAGCCCUUCCCCGACUUGGAACCCGAGCCCGUCGAGCCUGACGAGGAUGAGGUUUUCGCGCAGAUCAAAAAGCCCCGUGUGCGAUAUGACGUGGAGGUAAUUACCAAGUUGGUUGUCUAUUCCGGGAUUGCAUGGAUUGCGAUGGACUGGGCGCCUUUUCUAUUCGAGCACAUCGGCCUUGGUCCCAACUAA